CUCCCCUUUUUACUUGUAGAUCAUGAGCAGCAUUUUAAAGUUUCAAGGCUAUAACUAUCUUAGACAAAGACUAAUUCUCGCCACUUUAAGCGGAAAGCCUGUUCGUAUUGAAAAAAUCAGAUCUGAUGAUGAAAAUCCAGGUUUACGAGAUUUCGAGAUUAAAUUUCUCAACUUGUUGGAAAAAGUAACCAAUGGAUCAGUUAUAGAAAUCAGUUAUACAGGUACUUCUGUCUUGUAUAGACCAGGAGCUAUAGAAGGUGGACGAAUUCAGCACGAUUGUGGAACAGAGAGGAGCAUUAGUUAUUAUUUGGAGCCUAUGGUCGCACUUGCACCUUUUUCAAAGAAGCCUUUUGUGCUGACGUUAGAAGGAAUAACAACGGACCAUGUCGAUCCAUCGGUUGAUAUUAUUCGUACAGUAUUGCUACCACAAUUAAAACGAUUUGGUGUGGAUCAGAAUUUGGAAUUAAAGAUCACAAAAAGAGGUGCACCACCAUUAGGAGGCGGAGAAGUUGUUUUUUCAUGUGUGCCCAUUCGUCAGCUUAAACCAGUUCAAUUUACAGAGGAGGGACGUAUCAAGCGAGUACGUGGUAUUGCAUACUGUACUCGAGUAUCGCCUCAAACAGCCAAUCGACUAGUAGAAUCAGCACGAUCUUUGUUGAAUAGAUAUAUUCCAGAUAUUUAUAUUUACACAGAUGUAUAUAAAGGAGCAGAAAGUGGAAAGUCUCCGGGCUAUGCAUUAUCACUCGUUGCUGAGUCAAACACAGAUGUAUUGUUAUCCGCAGAAAAGGCAGCAGAACCUGGACAAACACCUGAGGAUGUUGGUCUCAUGGCUGCUAAACUGCUAUUGAACGAGAUUCGAAAAGGAGGAUGUGUGGAUACAACGAGCCAAUGGUUAAAUAUAUUAUUAAUGAUUUUAGCACCUGAAGAUGUUAGCAAAAUUAGAAUUGGAGAUCUCUCUGCCUUUACGAUACAAUAUUUACGUGAUAUCAAAUCAUUCUUUGGUGUCUCUUUCAAGAUUCAGCCCGAUACAUCCAAUGACACUAUCCUUAUGACGUGUAUGGGUAUUGGCUAUGUUAAUCAUAACAAAAAGACUACAUAAUAAAAUGGCCAUCUUUUGUAUUUACUGCAGACAUCCUGUCCCACUUUAAAGCACUUUAAUAAUGUUGUCACAAUUAGUCAUCAACAACACACUACCAAAGCCUUGCCUAACCUAAGGCUGUCCAGUU